AUGUCAACCGACCAUGAUCAGUCACUAAUCUGUCUUGAAGCAUAUGUUAUGUUUUUUGAAAUUAAUUCCAAUCAGGUUAAUUUAGAAGACGUUGGAGUACAUCAGCAACAUGAUAAUAAUGUCAUUGUUCAAAACUCUCAUUUCAACAGACUAUAUUAUAAUGCAAAGUUGUUCUGGGAAAAAGAAAUCACAAGAAAUAUUCCAGCUGAGAUAGUUCGGAAGAAUUUUCGUGCGGAUCAGACUGCUCUAUCCUUGAUAGACCUUGAUAAAAUGGAAUAUUAUGAUUGCCAGAUUCUUAAAGGAAAAAAGCCACAUAUUGAGAUGUAUCUUAAAAAUGGUUGGUAUGAAUAUGCAAAGUCUAAAAACUUCAAUGUUGAUGAUAACUUGAUUUUUCAUUACCGAUCUGAUUCAAAGAACUAUAUGUUAAGCUGGAGAGAAAGCGCCGAAAGAUGGUUGGUGGAAUUAAUGUAUAAGCAUCCAAAACCCGACCCAGAACUUGUUCAGUUCACAGGGGUUCAGCCAGCAUUGUACAAUCUCAUACCCUUGGUCUUCAAUGCUGAAGAAAAUCUCACAGAAGAUGAAGAAGAUUAUGAUGUUGAAGAAAUUGACAUGAUGCAUGUGGAUCAUGAUCCCAUGGAUAAUGAAGUCAGUGCAAGGAAAGACUGUUGCAAGCGGGUUCAAAAGCAAAAAAUUCUGCGUGGGGUUGAAAAAAUCUAUGAGGGAGAUCAUGAUGGAAAGUCUUAUCAUGAUCAUAACCUUGAUCUUGCAAAGCAAAUAGAUGCAGCUGGUGAUAAUCUUCCCAAAGUUCUGGCUUUUUCUUUUGGUUGA